GGCUCGCCAUUGGGGGACCAGGAUGCGAGCGAGUGGAGCGCCGGGGGAGGAAGCGGAGGUGCAGGUCGGAGAGGCCGGGCUAGCCGAGCCCAUUGCAGGAGCAGCUGCAGCAGCUAGGCAACAUCCAGCGGCGUGCCAGGCGGCCCAGCCCGUUGCUUUACUUUUUGCUGCACCAACGUAGUCAUUAUGCCGAAGAGAAAGUCUCCAGAGAAUACCGAGGGCAAAGAUGGACCCAAACUAACUAAACAGGAGCCCACAAGACGGUCAGCCAGAUUAUCAGCGAAACCUGUUCCGCCAAAACCCGAGCCUAAACCAAGAAAAACAGCUGCUAAGAAAGAACCUGGAACCAAGAUUAGCAGAGGUGCUAAAGGGAAGAAGGAAGAAAAGCAGGAAGCUGGAAAGGAAGGUACUGCACCAUCUUCAAAUGGUGACACUAAGGCUGAAGAGAUCCACAUCUCUCGCUCAACUGUUAAUGUCUCAGCCUGCAGAAGUCCCCCACCCAGCACACUGUCAGUAAAGGGGCAGAUUGAAACAGUCAGAGUUAAGGGCACGGAGAACUGAAUCUCUAGAUAAUGAGGGAGAAUGAAUUGUGGAAAACUGGGGUUGACUUCAUGUACCUCUUGGGACAACUUUUAAAAGCUAUUUUUACCGAGUAUUUUGUAAAUGCUAAUUUUUUAGGACUCUAUUAGUUGGCAUAAAAUAUAUAAAGAUGGACAUUUUAUCCUCUUACGGUGGUGUUUUUUGGAAAUUUCCAUCAUCCUCAAGUAAAACAAAUACAAUUUAAUAUCGAAGCUGCGUGUAAAAUGGAUUCAGCAUUCCAUACCCUUGCUUUAAACAUUUAGUCCUGUGCAUACUGCGGUGUUUUUACUGUGCAUAUUUGAAUUUUUCAUGCAAUUUUUCUAGAGCAAUAAUCAGUGGUGCUUUUGUGCCUAGGUUUUAUGUGAUUUUAAUGAAAUAUGGAUAGUUGUGGCCACCUGCUGACUAUUUGUCGUUUCAAAUAAAAAGGUUUUCUUGUCU